ACGGACGUUUGUCUGCAGCUGGGACAGCGGUUUACAUGUGACCUUUACAUCUGCCUGCUUGCAUUGAGUGUGUGUACAUGUGUGGGUCUUGGGGAAGGAAAGUGGGGGCUUAAUAAUCACAUCUAAACCUAAAGACACCAAUUUAUUCUCACUUCAUGGUUAAAGCGGUCGGUUAGUCGCACCAGUUUUAGUAGCAGACACCUGGCAGCUCUUGAAAUCUGUGCCACACCAUCACAGGUGUGUGAUUUCCUGUGAUGUCCACUUUUCGAGAGCUUUCAGCCAUGCUGCAUGGUCUUCAUCAGUGGGCGAUGAGUUUCAUUUUUACUGUUACAGUCUCUCUGUGAGUUUCUAGAAAAUGUAUCUAGGUCACAUUCGCCAGCAGUGACCUUUAAGAGCUGCAGUGAGUUCUUGGCAGAUGUGUAGUGUUUAUAGGUGAAACUUAAUGGGAGUUUGUGCGUUAACCACAGGAACUGAAAUUACAUUAACACUGUACAGAUCAAUGUUUACACACAUACACGUCUUUUAAAAAAUACAUUUCAGCCAGAUUUUACUCCGUUUUAGCCUAAAUACCUAAACAUCUUCUGGCAAAUCACCAAAUUCGGACUGGGAUUUGGUUUACGGCAACACACACACACAAAUAUACACACACACAAUGACAUAAUCAGUUUGAGGAAGUGCUUGAAUUUGAGGGUUUUCACAUCCAAAUCGGUUAAACGGUGCAGGGCUCUCUCAAACCUCACAGUGAAGAGCAUUGUGAGCAGUCAGUCGGGUCACGGUGGUAACAGACUAAGCAGGGGUGAGCAGUGUUUUAUAAACUUUCUUUAAGCCCAGGGAGUCGUCUCUCAGGCUACGUACAGGCAGCCAUGAUUAUGUGAUUGGUGGAGUUUGUGAAGGACGAGACGCAGAGUCUGAUUUUCAGUUUUUUUCUGGUAAAACGGCGAAGCAGAGUGAUGCUACACAACCUCUCAAAACACUCAUUCCUGCACCACUCACAUGAAUGUCAACACUCAGAACUUAAACCUCAGUCUUUACUGGAUCAAGACACAAAUCAACUAAAUGUGUGUGAAACUGCACCGCACGUACAAAUACCUAGUAUUCCCCUUGUUGUAAAGAGGAAACAUGACAGGAGCGCUGUCCUGUGAUGUGAUUGAUCAGGGGUUUUCCAUCUCACCGCUGCUCUAGUUUCAAUUUCAGUUUCCCUAAAAUGACUCAAAUCCUGGUCAGUCUGCUGUGGUCAGUGAUGCAGUCAUCUUUUUUUUCUUUGUUUCCACACAGAUGAGACGUUUACUGACUUUUCCUCAGAGGAGACACGUUCUCCAGAGGCUGUUUUUGUCAUUCCUCAGAAUCCUGUAUCAGAUUGAAGCUUUAUUCGUGUCAGAUGAUCGCAGGAUAUUUUAAGUGUUAAGUUCCUACUAAUUAGACAUUGCUCAUCGCGGAGCUGUUGUCUGUCUUCAGGUUUACAGUAAUCUCCGUUCUCAGUGACUUCCACAGUGAUUACAGCUUCAUUUCAUUUUACCAGUAGAGGCAGAGUCACGUCAAAAUCACAUUGUUUUAUGCUGUGUGAGUGUGUGUGUGUGUGGAGGGAGGAAAUAUGUUUGAAUGAGUCUGGUAUGUAAGCAGCUCCUGUGCUUCCCUUCCUGUCAAACAGCUGCUCUCUGAUUAGCAUCAGCAGAGUCCAGGAUGGAGAGCUUUAAAGGCGGUGAGAGGGAUCAGAGUUUUCAUAGGUUACCCUGUUGUUCGCAGCUUCUUACUGCAUGUUGUUGUGAGAGGAAACUAAACUUCAAUACCCAGAAAUCCUGUCACCCUGCUCACAGUUUGUAUUUUACUGUUUGGUUGCACAUUUUCACUCUGUGUGAUCUGAAUUUAUUCAGACAAACAGGGUGAAUCUACAGGAUUUUUCAGAGAUGUGAUUUCCUUUUGUUGUGGCCUCUGGGCAAAAAACAGACAUCAGUGUAACGAUGUAUUUUAUUAACCCCAGUGUACAUUGUGAAUGUUAGAGUAUUAGAGCCACUGUUGACAGAUCUUUGGGGAUGUUUUGUUUGAUUGUUUAUUGACUAACAAAGCAACAACACAAUAACAGAGCAGAGGGGAAAAACAUUAAGAUUUCAACAACAAAGCUGUCGUCGUUUCAACGUUUUACACAUUACACAGAAAAUAAUCUGACUUUUUCUUGUAAUAUCACGACAAUUGUCUUAUAAAAUACUUUUUAAAAUCAUAAUAUUACAAAUGUGAAUCAUCUUUAUUGACAAUUAAAGUUUAAACACACACAAGGAAUUUGUCUUGGUAUAUUGGUGCCAAACAAUGUUAAUAAACUAAGAAAGAGAGAUAAGAGGGUAAAAGUAAAAAGCAAAUACUGUGAUACAAGGAACAUAAAUAAAUUAGAUUAGAAAUAUUGACAAUAAUAAACAUGAUUUUUUAAACUUUCUGUGAUUUUGUCAAACAGAGACUCUAGAAAGAACAACUGACAAAUCAAACAAAUAGGAGAUGCAGUUUUUGUUGAAGCGUAAGUGUAUCUUGAAGAUGAGAAGCCAAAUGCAGAUGAAAACAGAUGAAGUUGAAGUGUGAGUCGGUACGUUAGUCGUCUUCCUGCCCUGUCCCCUGAAACACACAUCCUCCUCCUCCGCCAGAGGAAAAAGGAAACAACAGUUGAAAACUUCCACUUUCAGGCCGUUUCCUUCAGAAAACAUGAAAACGCUGAGCGCACACAGUCACAGCGCCAUCGCGUUGUUUCAGUUUCGUCUGCCGCCUCUGCUGCAGCUGAACGAGGACUUUAGGAAAUCCUCGUGUGGAUGAUAAACAGCCCGUGACCUUUGACCUUGGACGGACUGAGAUGAGGUUUAGUUAACUGCUGCAGUUUCAUCUGCGUGUUGGCCGGUUAUCAGUAAACAUCACAGUGGACACUCGGAAGGAACAAACCACAUGAUUGGCUUUGAAGAUCGACUUAGAUGUCGUCGCACACACACAACUAAACACACAGCAGAGCACUGAGAGGUCAGAAACAAAGCAGCAGCUCAACCCUCGUGAUAGAUCCUUUCUCAGGCAGGUUGUUUUUUUAUCAGCUCUCCAUUUCCCUCCCUCUCUCAGUCCAGACUCAGACGCCUAAAAAUUUCAUCACUUUUUUAUUUUUCUUUUAUUCUUGAAGCCUGAAACAAUGAUGCUCAUUCUGCCAACAGGGUGUUAACGUUUCAACUGAAGGAAAUUUCACAGAUUUUCAUCAGCUAAAAAGCAAACUGAUGGACAAAGUCUCAAUAAGGUAGUUGUGAAUAUUUUUAGCUUCAGAAAGGAGGAUUAUUUUGGUGAACAGACCUUUGCACCUCCACAAAGCUUAAGGACAGAGGACGAGAUAUCAUGAUUUUUAGUUCCUGGUGUGGAACAAAAUCAACACAGGUCUUACACAUGUCGUCUUUAAGAGCUAAGAAAUCCCACACUGUCCGUCUCUCGUGGAACUCAGAACUUAAAAAGGUUAAAUUCAGUUCAAUCACACCUAAAACUCUUCCCAUCUCUGCACCAAAAGCAUUCAAGCACAUCUCAACCCCACUCUCUGAUCAAUCAACUCCUCGGAUCCGAACCAUCAUCCAUCAGCCUUCUGUUACUGAAUUAAAGUCACGCACAUUAUUUUCUCCGACUCCUCCAGAGUCAAACAACUUUUUUGUUUGCACAGGCCUCACUUUACGCUUCUUCAACCAAAGGACUUCUAACAGCGUCUGAAACCACUUUUCUGACGGUGGAAUCAAAGAGCAGGGAGGUUAGGGGCUAAACUUUCCGAAACAGACCUUUGCAGAGUAGGCAGGUGGUUAAACGAGUCCAACACCAUGAAGUCCUGAAGCGGGGGCUGGUUUUGUAUGAUUCAUUGCAGCACAAGCUGCAAGCUUUUCCGCUCUGCCUUGCGGUCAUUUUGGAGCGAGUAUAAACAUUUUUCUUUGAGAUGACGUGGUUUUCUUGAGACAUACCGAGGCCGAGCAGAAUGAGAUGAUGUACUACAAUUUCUGCAGGUUUUUAUCUCAGUUAAAGGGAGUGGAUUUUCACAAGAAAUCUGGGCUUCACUCACUCACACUCCCUCUGAGGUCAGUAGAUGCUCCUGAUAAGCUGGAAGUUACACAUAAACAGAUUAGAGGAUGAAGAACUUCAGUUGUUUAUUUUGACCGCCGCUCCCUAUUUAUGUGCGAGAGAGAUAGAAAUCAAGGGAAAGAAAUAAAGAGAGGCCGGGAGGGAGGUCUGAGACAGUUUGAGUCCUGUUUCCAGUCAUGGCGUCUCCUGUAAUGGAUCUCCUGCCGGCGUUAGCGUCCACGAUGUUUGCCUCCACGGGCAGCCUGCUGAGGAAGGGCACUGCUGUUCAGAGACUCAGCAGGAGGUUCAAGAGGAGUAGGCAACACCUGAGCAGAACCAUGUCGUCUCCAGAGGUGUGCUGGCCGGUGCCGAUGCGAGCCAUCGGGGCUCAGAACCUCCUCACCAUGCCGGGGGGAGUUUCCACUGCAGGAUACCUCCACAAGAAGGGAGGCAGCCAGUUCAGCCUCAUGAAAUGGCCACUGAGGUACAUCAUCAUCCACAAGGGCUGUGUAUACUACUUUAAGAGCAGUACCUCGCCUUCACCACAGGGGGCGUUCUCUCUCAACGGCUACAACAGAGUGAUGAGAGCAGCAGAGGAGACAACGUCCAGUAAUGUUUUUCCUUUUAAAAUCGUCCACUUCAGCAAGAAGCACAGGACAUGGUUUUUUUCUGCAGCCAGCGAGGACGAGAGGAGGAAAUGGAUGCGAUACUUGCGGAGGGAGAUAGGUCACUAUAACGACCGGAAAGAGGCCUUCAUUCCCAGCGACUCAGAUUCGGAUGCUGACAGUUUCUACGGCACAAUUGAGAAGCCCAUGGACAUUAAACACUCCGACAUUAACGCAGAUGACGAAUAUGUGGAGGAGGAGGAUGAUGACGACGAGGAAGACUAUCUGAAGCCGGACGGCGACUCUUCGCCGACGCAUACAGGUCGACCCACAGGGCCUCCCCCCUCUUACCCUCCUCCCCCGGUGCCAACACCGUUCCAGCUCCGCCAGGACUCCAGUUCGGGUUUCCACAAAGGCCCCCCUCCUCCCGUUCCGCCGCAGCACAGAAUCCCCACCGCCCCUCUCCCCAAGAAACCCCUGCCCUUUGCACCACCUCCCUCCAUCCUGAAAGACCCCAACAAAGCCCCGCCUCCUCCUCUCCCCUUCGCUCCCCACCUACAGAAGCAGUUGUCCGGUGCUCCUCCACCUCCUCCCCCCAACUUAAAGAGGACUCAGAACUGGGCGACGUCCGUUGGGGAGCCUGGGAACGACAAGAGGGACUGGAAGCCUCUGCCAGCCGUUUCUGUCCAAUCCCCGGCCACCCUGCCCAUCUGUGACCAAUUAGAAACCAGGUUGGCUCUAAACGGUCCCGCCCACGGCCCCCUUAACACUGGAGGGAGCCAGUCACUGGGCAACAACCUCAUGAUGAGCAACCUCCGCAAACCGACCGUACCGACUCAUUCUGCAAACAUCGGAGGGUCCACCAUCCACCCUCCACUGUCUCCUCUGCUCAAAACUGGACUACACAAUAAGCCGGUGAUACCCAAACCUCCUCCACCCGGCGUCAAACCCCCGCUGCCUACAGCCAAACCCAAACUGCCAGGAACCCCGUUCCAAGCAUCUCCAGAAGGCCAGAGCUUCCGCUCAAUAGGAGAGGAGGUGCCAUUAGAGUCCAGGAAGAAACGAAACCUGAGGAAACCAGGUGGAGGAGACGACUCUGACGACGACUACGAGAAUGUGCAGCUGCCAGACUCUGUGUUCAUCGACACGACUGAAACCAGCUUUGUAGAAAGGUUGUUCAAAGACGGCCCCGUCCCUCCACAGGACGGACUGUAUGGCAUCAGGAACUCUGGAACCAAAACCUCCAAGGUGCUGGUGGUGUGGGAUGUCAGUAUAGGCAAAGCCAGAAACUACAGACUGUUUGAGGAGGAGGACCAGAUAUUUCUGGACAGCGAGGUGACUUUCCCCAACCUGGCAGCUCUGGUCGAACACUACUACAGCCAUCCUCUUCCUCACCACGGCUCGCUCUGCCUGCAGAUGCCCUUCACAAAGGCACUGAGCAGCUGAUGAGCAACUGUCAAAAACAAACACAAAUACACCUGAAAACAAAGCAGAAGAACGGGGGAGUCAGGACCCAGCGGAGAUAAAACUCUGAACUGAUCAAACCUCUCACUGCUCAGUCGACAAACAACAGGUCAUUUCCAGCUGUUGUUGCACCGUAAAACUUCCUGUUUAACAGCAAAGAAACUUCUGACUCCUGAGACACCAGCUUUUAUUUAACUUAUUCUAAAGACAAACUAAACUUCAAUCCUAAAAAAAACUAAAUUAAUCUGACAAUCUGCUGUUUUUCAAACGUUCCUGCUGCAUUAGGCAAACUGGGUUUUGUCCACAGGGGGGUGCUGUGAUAUGAAAUGACCACACAGCUUUACAGUGUAUGUAAAACAUAUAACAUGCUGUUGUUUUGAUCAGUUUACGUCUGAUAAAACAUUAGAGAAAAGGGUUGCAAAAUCACAAAUAUUCCUUUUUACACUUAUUCCUCUCAUCAGCCUCGUCAAGAUCAAUAGAUUCUUGGUAUUUAUUGAUAAAUGUCUGUGGAGGAUUGGCUGUAAAUGCAUGUUGUUUGGAGUUGAAUAAUAUUUAAGCUGAUUAUUUUAAGUCCUAAAACUAAUUAGCAGUAAUUGCAUCACAGCUAAUAACUGGAUCGGUGUGACGAUGAAUUAUGGGAUAGACUCGGCUCUGGACUCGUCUCUCAGGCGGCGUCAAGACCAGUGUGGGUUAUAUGAACUUGCACAUACACUCUUCUACCACAAGGUGGCACAUGACGCUCAUUUAAGCGUUCAAGACUGAAAGUGCAGGCGCUGGGACAGAUCUGCUGUCUCACCAUGUGACCCAGGAGGAUUCAGAUCUGCCUCAGGUUCAGGACCAAACUGAACCUGAAUCAAAGAGCAGCUGCAUCUUUAUUUAUUUCACAAACCUUCAGCCUUUAGUCGAGACUUUCCACCUGUUUCAUGCGUGUAACUAACAGGUCUCUCUGGUCCAGGUGCAGGUCACUUGGGACUUGUAACGCUGCAGAAUGCUGCUGGACAAAUUCACUUAAAUUGGCUUUUUGUUGCACUUUUUCUCUCCAGAAAAGUCUCAUUCUGCAGCGCUGCGAGUCCUUCAUUAACACGAAGUAGAACCAGGAUCAUCACUGGUGUCUGAACAUGAAGAAAUCUGAAAUGACGUGUGGAUAUGUUCUGAUGAUACAGUUUGUACAGCACUGACUUUAACGCUGUAAAUCUCUCUAUAUAUUUAUAUGUAAAUGCUGUAUGUACUGUAAAAAAACAGUCUGUAAAAAUGUAAAUAUAUUUGUUUUCUACAGAAAUAUAUGUUGAGAAUGUAUAAAGGAUUCACUCAGA